CUAAUUUUGGGGCGGAGGCAGUAAUGUACUCGGUCCAAAAGCGAGAAAUCUUAAUUCUAGAGUACCUUCAUUUUCCAAUUGACUUCCUUGCUACUUUGAUGAUCAUCUUCUGAUGUCUGCUAUGUUUUACAAUCAAGUACAACUGUAAUAUUUUCUCGUGCUUUUUAAGCUUCCAUAUUUCAGAUCUUCAUUGCAUAUUGAUUGCAGUGUUUUGGCUCUAGGCUAAAGUGACCAUCCAAAAUUAUUACCAGUAUCGUCAUGUGGAUAAACCUGGCUGGAGAUUGAGCUGGACUUGGGCCAAAAAUGAAGUUAUUUGGUCAAUGUCUGGAGCCAUUGCAUCUUCACAGGGGGAUUGUACUUCAUUCAAUUUUCGUAAGCCUCAUUGCUGCAAAGCGACCCCUGAGAUUGUUGAUUUAAUGCCUGAUGCAAUGCUGCAAAACAUGUCCCUCGGCCUGGAUUGUUGCAGAAGUGGAUUCCUCGCAGCCUGGGCUAUCGAUCCAUCUAAUUCAUUGUCAUCUUUUGAGAUGACAGUUGGUAACUUGGAUGGGAAUAGUUCAUCUGGUUAUUCCAGGCCUGUCAAUCUUACUCUUCUGGCUCCAGGACCUGGUUACACUUGCAGUCCAGUUGAAGAUACUGAUCCAACAAUUUCUUCAGUUAUUGGGGGUAGAAGAGAGGAACAAGUUUACAGAACAUGGAAAUCGACAUGCACAUACUCAAGUUUUUUAGCCAAGUCGACGAGAAUCUGCUGUGUUUCCCUCUCAACUUUCUACAAUCCUCAGAUCACUUCAUGCCCCUCCUGCAGCUGUGGAUGUAAGGAAGCUGAUCAGAGCAGAAAACAGUGCAUUAGUGAGGGUACUUCCCCAUCAUCACCAUCAGACUUGGUCAGUGAUGCCGACAUUGUGAGGUGCACUGAUCAUAUGUGUCCUCUGCAGAUUCACUGGCACGUCAAGCAAAAUUACAUUGAUCAUUGGAGGGUGAAAUUGACCAUCUCCAAUUUCAAUUUGGGCCGGAGUUAUGCCAACUGGAAUGUAUUGGUUCAGCAUCCUGGUUUUAGUCAGUCCAUUACAACAUAUAGCUUCAACAGCACAAUUCUCUCUACUUCCAAUGUUCCAGAUGAGGUUGCUCUAUUCUGGGGAAUCAGUUACUACAAUGACCAACUAUGGAAAGCAGAUGAAAACAGAAUCGGAUCAGCAACAACUGACAUUCUUCUGCGUAAGGAUAAGAACUCGUUUACCUUGAGAAAUGGAUGGGCAUUUCCUAGAAGAAUAUACUUCAAUGGCGAGAGUUGUGAUAUGCCUCUUCCUGAUACUUUCCCUUCUUUACCAAAUGGAGUUUCCAGGACCCAAAAAGACCCGAAUAUUGUUGUCUUAAUCUUGUUCUACUUGACUUACAAAAUACUAAGUUGA